AUGAUUCCCACGACAGCGCUUGUCAACUCGCUGCCGCGUAAUAUCCUCGGAAAGAAGCAUACGCGCGCAGGCAAACCCAAGAGCCGUGGCGGCUGCAUAUCGUGUAAACUCAGGCACCGAAAAUGCAACGAGGAGAAGCCGAUAUGCAAUCAAUGCAGGAAAUCUGCCCGAGUUUGCCAUUAUGAUAUACCCAAAGAGAAGCAGCAUGGUAGCAUUGCGCCCCCAAAAAGGACAAUUCUUCCGAGACAGGAGACACUUGAUGUAGUUGCUACAAGAGCUCUCCAUUUUCGCCCGAGAGCGAGCCAUCUAGAAGCCGAAGAGGCUCCAUAUUUUGACUUGUUUAGAGCCCAGAUGCUCCAAGACUUUACAUACACUCCAUGCACCAAGUUCUGGAAUCGUGUAAUCCCUAGAGAAUCCAUGGGAGACGAGUGUGUGCGGUGGUCCGUUUUAAGUAUCGGAGCUUUAAUGCUGUCCCUGCGUUCUUCAAACCCCGAGCCAACGGUGAAGUUGCUUGAAGAACGCGGUGGUGGUGCGUACCAGGUUGCUAUGGCGUACCAUGCCAAAGCCACCACCACGCUCCAUAUGCGGAUGCGACAGGAGUUUCACACCAUUUCGCGCAGGAACGUGUUGAUCAACAUGUUCUUGCUAUUUCUCUUUGAGCUCUUGAUCGGAAACACCAAAGGCGCCGAUCAGCUACUGACAAGCAGCGUCGAGCUGUUAAAGCAGAAGCGCGAUCAACUUGUUGAUGAGAUGAAUUCGCAAUACCAUAGACAGGAUCUUCAUAGUUACGUUGCACCUUCUAACGACGAAGGGCUGGACCAAGCUGAACGGAUCUUACCUCGGUUUCAAAUCUUCCUCAGUCUGAAUACGCCCUUUUUCCCAAUGCAGAAAGCUUGCUGGUCCCGAUUGCAAUCGCGACCAAUCCCUGGAGGUGUUCCUGGGGUCGAUACCGACAUGCAUGAAUUCGGAGCCAUGUGGAAUAGUUUCAUCACAAGAGCUGUCAUAUUCAUUGUCAAAGUCAUGCAGAGACACCAAUAUGGUUACCAUACAAACGAUUUCGAGCUCCACUUGGCACAUCGGGCCAUCUUCCUUGAACGACUGCAAGGCUGGGAAGAGGCCAUUUUGCUGAAACUGGAAGCAGAGAAAAAUCCCAUCAUUUGUCAGUUUUUUAACACUUUUUAUAUGGGUCAGAAAGCGGUAUUUAUUCUCAUGAGCUGCUGUUUCGACGCAACGGAAAUGUCAUAUGAUCAGUUCAGCUCCAAAUUCCGGGAAAUUGCUUCGACGGCGAGCUCUCUCGGGGGCACAUUGAAGCGCUUUUCUCACCUUGAAACUGCGCUGGACAUCUACACCCUUCCAGUUUUAAACUUCGUUUCACAAAAAUGCAGAGACAAAGUUAUCCGCUCAGAAGCCUUAGACAGCUUCGAGAAGAUGACAUCGAGUUCAUUUAAUUGGGAUACUAGGGCUAGUUUACUGGCUAGGCGCCAGCUUAUGGCUUUGGAAGAGGAGAGUCGCGACGCUACGGGUCAUAUUCCAGCGAGUGGUCGAUAUGUGUGGACUAGCGCAUCAUGGGAGACCGGUUAUUCGAGCCUGAACAUUGUAUUCACCCCGGUUGCCUCUAACAGUGAUGGGACACGAAAGGAGAGACGAUUCAAAAUAUUCCGCUCAGAUUUGGAAAAUCGAACAAAGAACAUCUAUUUAAACUAGGAUCUGUGGUUGCUCGACGCUCAAG